GACCGUCGGAAAGAGCCCUGUCACUUGCUUUAAGCUGGUGUGACGGACGCAGAAAAAGGAGGGAGACACUUUACGAACGAAAAUAUGCUGAAUCCCGUGAUCCCGUACCACUUGGCGAGUCUCGGUCUAUUUCGACCGGUCUCUCUGGAAGGUCAGGGCCGCGUCAACCAGUUAGGAGGGGUGUUCAUCAACGGCCGCCCCUUGCCCAACCACAUCCGCCUGAAGAUCGUGGAGCUCGCCGCCCAGGGGGUGCGGCCGUGCGUCAUCAGUCGCCAACUCCGCGUCUCCCACGGGUGCGUCUCCAAAAUUCUUCAGCGGUACCAGGAAACGGGAAGCAUUCGUCCAGGAGUUAUCGGCGGGAGUAAGCCGCGCGUAGCAACACCGGAAGUGGAAAAGCGGGUGGAGACGUAUAAGCGCGAGAAUCCGGGGAUCUUCUCGUGGGAGAUCCGCGAUCGUCUGCUCAAGGAGAGAGUCUGCGACAGAGGCAGCGUGCCCAGCGUCAGCUCCAUCAGCCGGGUACUCAGGACCAAGGUCAAAGGAUCCGACGGAGAGGACGAAGGUGAAGGUCACAGCAGCUCUUCCGGGGGCGAGGCCGAUAAAUCGAGGGAUGAUGGGAACGAGGCUGUCGAUACCAGCGGAGAAAAAUCAGACGAUGAUUCCGAUUGCGACUCAGAACCAGGAUUACAGCUCAAACGAAAACAGCGGCGCAGUCGGACUACUUUCACCGCGGAGCAAUUGGAAGAGCUGGAGCGGGCGUUUGAGAGGACUCACUACCCCGAUAUCUACACGCGAGAGGAACUAGCUCAACGAACGAAACUGACAGAAGCCAGGGUCCAAGUGUGGUUCAGCAACAGACGGGCGAGAUGGAGGAAGCAAGUCGGAACCAAUCAGCUCUCAGCUAUUAAUACGUUUCUGCAAAUGCCACAAGCUGUAAAUAAUGCGCAUCCUCAGUACGUACUUCCGGAAACAGGAUACCAUCUUCCGGCCGCAACAGAGUCGUUUUGGCACAGAGCACCACUGACGCCAUCUUUGCACCAAGCCUUCUCCCACCCACCAUCCUUCAAACCUGAAACGACGUCAUACAGCAGUCUGAUGGAUUCCUACUUAUCACAUUCCGCUCAGGUUCCGUCCUAUUCCAACUUGUCAUCCAAUCAAAACUACAGCACAGCGUGGUCGUCACCUUCCAUCAGCUCCUCGUUGCCAAGCAUCAACUCCUAUCACCAUAGCAACUCCAACUACCCAUAUGACAUCACGAAAUCCAGUCUAGGCCACUCGUCGUUUGUAACUCCAGGCCAGAUGUCGGUAGAAAAAUGCUCAACAGACGACACUCUCGCGACGUUACGUAUGAAGUCACGUGAACAUUCGGCCAUGUUGGGACUCAUGCAGGAAAUGACUCGAACAAACGUGCCAUUUCAAGCUGUGUAAAAUAGAGACUAUUUUCUAAAGAACGAAACGGAUAACAAACAUUAAUAGGGAUGGUGCUACUGUAAAUAGUUUAAACAAUUGUACAUCGGUUAAGUCUUUGUGAUAUUUUUUUUUACACAUAAUUAUAUAAAAUAAAUGAAAAUAUUAGA